ACCAUCAUAGGAGAGCCAGAGUGAGAACAAGUACUUACCUCCAACAUAAUCAGCGUCACUGCUAAUCACUCUCUCUUCUUGCUAUCAAAACCCUAACUCGUUCACUUGAACUGUGGGAGCCUUUAAUGGCGUCGAAGUUCGGAUUGGCUGGUGGGAUACCGGAGCGCCGGGUCCGACCCAUUUGGGACGCCGUUGAUUCUCGCCAGUACAAAAAUGCUCUCAAGCUCGCUACCUCUCUUCUCACUAAGAACCCCAAUUCACCCUAUGCUCUGGCACUUAAAGCUCUUAUCUUGGAAAGAAUGGGGAAAGCUGAUGAAGCUUUAUCUGUUUGCUUACAUGCAAAAGAGCUUUUAUACAAAAACGACUCUAUGUUAAUGGAUGACCUCACUCUUAGUACGCUGCAAAUUGUGUUUCAACGCCUUGAUCACUUGGACUUGGCUACUGGCUGUUACGAACACGCUUGUGGGAAAUUUCCAAACAAUUUGGAACUAAUGAUGGGUCUUUUUAAUUGCUAUGUUCGGGAGUACUCAUUUGUGAAGCAGCAACAGACAGCUAUCAAGAUGUACAAACUUGCUGGUGAAGAGAGGUUUAUGCUCUGGGCAGUUUGUAGCAUCCAGUUACAGGUGUUUUGUGGAAAUGGGGGAGAGAAGCUUUUACUUUUAGCUGAAGGUUUAAUUAAGAAGCAUGUAGCCUCCCAUAGCUUGCAUGAGCCUGAAGCUCUGAUGGUAUACAUUUCUAUAUUGGAGCAACAAGCAAAGUAUGUGGAUGCUUUGGAAAUUCUCACUGGGAAUUUAGGAUCUCUGUUAAUGAUUGAAGUUGAUAAACUACGUAUACAGGGAAGGCUACUUGCUAGGGCGGGUGAUUACAGUGCUGCUGCUGAUAUUUUUCAGAAAAUCUUAGAGCUAAGCCCUGACGAUUGGGAGUGUUUCAUACAUUAUCUAGGCUGUUUGCUGGAGGAUGACAGCUACUGGCGCAAUCAAGCCUUGAUUGAUCCAAUUCAUCCAUCAAAAUCUGUUGAUUACAAGAUUUUACAUUUGGAAGAUGAAGCAUUUGACUCUCGAAUAUCAAAGGCAUUAGCUUUUGUACAAAAAUUACAGGCAGAUACUGAUAAGAACAUUGUAAGGUGUCCGUACCUGGCAAAUAUUGAAAUUGAAAGGAGAAAGCACUUGCAGGGAAAGGGGGAUAAUGACAAAUUAAUAGAGUUUUUGAUGCAAUAUUUUGUUAGGUUUGGUCACUUAGCCUGCUCCCCUACAGAUGUUGAAAGUUUCCUUGAUGUCUUAAGCCCUGAUAAGAAGAUGGAGUUCCUGAACAAGUUGAAAAGAAGCUUUGACUACAUUACUAGUGUACCAACAAAAAUGCUUGGGCAGUCAAUUACUCUUUUCAAAAUUCAAGAAUUGGCUGGAAAUAUGUUUGAUCUUUCUGUAACUGAACUUGAGGGUCAUGCUGUACAAAUGGCAAAGAUGUAUUAUCAAAACCUUCCACUAUCAAAGGAUUUGGAUUCACAAGAGAGUAUGCACGGUGAAGAGCUGUUAUCCAUGGUGUGCAAUGUAUUAAUUCAGUUAUUCUGGCGUACUAGGAAUAUUGGCUACUUUAUAGAGGCAAUUAUGGUCUUGGAGUUUGGCUUGAAUAUCCGAAGAUAUGUAUGGCAGUACAAGAUCUUAUUGUUGCACUUGUAUUCCCACUGGGGUGCUAUUUCAUUAGCACAUGAACGGUACAAAUUGCUGGAUGUCAAAAAUAUUCUGACAGAAACUGUUUCUCACCACAUUUUACCCCAGAUGUUGGUUUCUCCCCUUUGGGUGGAUUUAAAUAAUCUGUUACAAGACUACCUUAAGUUUAUGGAUGACUACUUCAGAGAAUCUGCUGAUCUGACAUUUCUUGCUUAUCGCCAUAGAAAUUACUCAAAGGUAAUUGAGUUUGUCCAGUUCAAAGAACGACUUCAACACUCUAAUCAGUACUUAGUUGCAAGGGUUGAAGCAUCAAUUCUGCAACUAAAGCAGAAUGCAGAUAAUAUUGAAGAAGAAGAGGCUGUCCUUGAAAGCUUGCAAUGUGGAGCUCACUUCCUUGAACUCUCUAAUGAAAUCGGAUCCAAAUCUUUGACCUUUAAUGAAGAUAUGCAGGCAUGCCCGUGGUGGGCGCCAACGACAGAAAAAAAUUAUCUUUUGGGCCCUUUUGAAGGAGUUUCAUACUGCCCAAAAGAAAACUCGAUUAAAGAAAGGGAAGGAAGAGUACGUAGAGCUGUUGAGAGGAAAUCUCUUCUUCCUCGGAUGGUUUAUCUGUCUAUUCGUAGUGCUUCGGCAUCGCUCAAGGAUAAUUUUGAGGUUAACGGUUCAAUUUCUGACAGUAAAAUCUCGUCAGAACUGAAGAUUUUGCUUGAGCGUUAUGCAAAAAUGUUGGGGUUUUCUCUCAGUGGUGCAAUAGAAGUUGUUUUGGGUGUUUCUGGUGGCCAAAAGUCUUUUGAGGUGUUUGGUUCGGACUUGAUUGACUGGUUGAACUUUGCUGUAUUUUUGAAUUCAUGGAAUUUGGGUUCCCAUGAACUUGGUCGGGCAGAUGGAGAUGGAUGUCAGCCUCAAACUUGGCAAAUUGUAAAUUCCUUGCUGGAGAAGUAUGUUUUGGAGAAUAUGAAAUUGACAGAGCUUUCAAUUACCUCUCCUUGGAAUAAUCUUUCAGUACUGACACAGUUGGUUACAGAGCCUUUUGCUUGGCAUGGUCUUGUGAUUCAAUCCUGUGUUCGUUCAUCUCUUCCAUCUGGCAAAAAGAAGAAGAAAACUGGACCUUCAUAUCUGCCAGCUCUAUCUCAUACUCGUGAUUUGGUCCUUUCCUUAUGUGGUACAUUAGAAAAGCUUAUGGAGUGGGUAAAAGAGCAGAUCAACAAGCCAGAGGAUGAAAAUUUGGAGUCUUUCCUCUCUUGUUUGCAGAAGAAAGGACAGGAAGGCCCUGGCCAGGUUUUCCAGAUUCUAGAAACUCUAGUCUCGUCCAUAAAUGACAUUGACUAUGGUGAUCGAAUCUCUCAAGCACUCAAGUCUUGGAAUCACGUCGAUAUUGCAAGAAAAAUAGUAACAGGGAAAUGCACAGUAUUGGCUGAAUUUCUUCGAAUUUGCGAGUCAAAAUUCAAGAUGCUACAAUCAUUAAAACGGCAAUUAGCUCAAAUCUAAAGAGUUAGGAUUUCAUGUUUUUAGGUCGGACCACUUGGUGCUUUGUUUGUUUCAUCUUUUGAUGCUUUCAUCCCAUCUUAAGACUAAGAUGUCCAGCUGGUGCUUUGUUUGUUUCAUCUUUUGAUGCUUUCAUCCCAUCUUAAGACUAAGAUGUCCAGCUUGGAAGAUGUUGAGGAGAUUGAGUUCAUGUUUACGCUUUUGCUCUACACCGAAACAUCAUUAGACUGCUGGUGUGUUUUGGCAUCUAAGGUUUAAUGUUGGCUGGUAAAUCAUCGACUUUAAUAUUUUUGUUUGCCCUUUGAUUGACAGUGUAGCACUGUAGAAUAAGCAAGCCGAGUUCAUUUUAUUUUUUGUUUUUACAUUUGAGAUGUGAGGUUUAAUCUAGGCUCGAAGCUUUGUAUUAUUUGAGCAUAAAUUUUGGCAAAUGUAUUUUUUUUUUGGUUCAGUCAAAAUCAUGGAUUUUCCAAAUGAACAUUUAUUUAUUCUUCCACACAUCAUGUCACAAUCAUUGGAUGCGUUUGGUAAAUUGUAGCCUUAUAGAUGAUUAGAAAAUAAAUUACAUUGUUUGAAAUC